AUGGACGAACAGGCAGGGCCCGGCGUUUUCUUCAACAACAACUCGAUUUUAGCGGGCGGUGGGAAGGUACUGCUGCCGGAGGGGGACGCAGGGGAGGCGGCGAGGGCUCCUUACAGUAUCCCGGGGAUCUUACACUUCCUGCAACACGAAUGGGCCCGCUUCGAGUUGGAGAGGGCACAAUGGGAGGUGGAGCGCGUCGAAUUGCAGGUGAAUAACUUUAUAUUUAAAUCAACUUUCAGAGGAUGUUUUGUGCUGGUAGCGGAUUUGUAACACUAGCCGUGGUUUUGCACCAAUGUGAUUGUGGUUAGUAUUAGUUACCUUGCAAGUAG